AUGGCGGGUUCCGCUUUGCCUCCUAUUAUGGGGAUCACAUGGUUCUGCAGAAGGCCCCAGAGAGGGCUGUGUUGUGGGGCUAUGGACCCGAUGAUGCUGAGGUCACGGUCUUUCUAUCAGGAGGACCAGUCACUAACAAAACACCUGCUGUCAGUGUGGCUGCCGGUGAGCUAUCUGAUCCCAACAAUGCCCUUAGUUUAGCAUGCGUAUACUGUCAUGUCAUGAAGUUGAGGAUGAAGUUAGCAGAAUUUCAAAGAGGAGAGUUGAUAAAACCCUAAGCUCUUGUCAAGUUACUUUUCUAACAAAUGUUAACGUCGUACUGUAAAGGUGACAGUGACACGUUUGUUAGAAUUAGGAAAAAGCUAUGAGGAAGUGUGAGGAACAGAAAAAGCACCAAUUGUUUGAAGUUAAUUGUGCUCAGUGUCCCACUUUUUCUGCCUUGUACAUGAAGACAUUCAGUGGGGAAAAAAAGUAUUUAGUCAGCCACCAAUUGUGCAAGUUCUCCCACUUAAAAAGAUGAGAGAGGCCUGUAAUUUUCAUCAUAGGUACACGUCAACUAUGACAGACAAAAUGAGAAAAAAAAUCCAGAAAAUCACAUUGUAGGAUUUUUUGUGAAUUUAUUUGCAAAUUAUGGUGGAAAAUAAGUAUUUGGUCACCUACAAACAAGCAAGAUUUCUGGCUCUCACAGACCUGUAACUUCUUCUUUAAGAGGCUCCUCUGUCCUCCACUCCUUACCUGUAUUAAUGGCACCUGUUUGAACUUGUUAUCAGUAUAAAAGACACCUGUCCACAACCUCAAACAGUCACACUCCAAACUCCACUAUGGCCAAGACCAAAGAGCUGUCAAAGGACACCAGAAACAAAAUUGUAGACCUGCACCAGGCUGGGAAGACUGAAUCUGCAAUAGGUAAGCAGCUUGGUUUGAAGAAAUCAACUGUGGGAGCAAUUAUUAGGAAAUGGAAGACAUACAAGACCACUGAUAAUCUCCCUCGAUCUGGGGCUCCACGCAAGAUCUCACCCCGUGGGGUCAAAAUGAUCACAAGAACGGUGAGCAAAAAUCCCAGAACCACACGGGGGGACCUAGUGAAUGACCUGCAGAAAGCUGGGACCAAAGUAACAAAGCCUACCAUCAGUAACACACUACGCCGCCAGGGACUCAAAUCCUGCAGUGCCAGACGUGUCCCCCUGCUUAAGCCAGUACAUGUCCAGGCCCGUCUGAAGUUUGCUAGAGUGCAUUUGGAUGAUCCAGAAGAGGAUUGGGAGAAUGUGAGAUGAAACCAAAAUAUAACUUUUUGGUUAAAACUCAACUCGUCGUGUUUGGAGGACAAAGAAUGCUGAGUUGCAUCCAAAGAACACCAUACCUACUGUGAAGCAUGGGGGUGGAAACAUCAUGCUUUGGGGCUGUUUUUCUGCAAAGGGACCAGGAUGACUGAUCCGUGUAAAGGAAAGAAUGAAUGGGGCCAUGUAUCGUGAGAUUUUGAGUGAAAACCUCCUUCCAUCAGCAAGGGCAUUGAAGAUGAAACGUGGCUGGGUCUUUCAGCAUGACAAUGAUCCCAAACACACCGCCCGGGCAACGAAGGAGUGGCUUCGUAAGAAGCAUUUCAAGGUCCUGGAGUGGCCUAGCCAGUCUCCAGAUCUCAACCCCAUAGAAAAUCUUUGGAGUGAGUUGAAAGUCCGUGUUGCCCAGCGACAGCCCCAAAACAUCACUGCUCUAGAGGAGAUCUGCAUGGAGGAAUGGGCCAAAAUACCAGCAACAGUGUGUAAAAACCUUGUGAAGACUUACAGAAAACGUUUGGCCUGUGUCAUUGCCAACAAAGGGUAUAUAACAAAGUAUUGAGAAACUUUUGUUAUUGACCAAAUACUUAUUCUCCACCAUAAUUUGCAAAUAAAUUCAUUAAAAAUCCUACAAUGUGAUUUUCUGGAUUUUUUUUCCUCAUUUUGUCUGUCAUAGUUGACGUGUAGCUAUGAUGAAAAUUACAGGCCUCUCUCAUCUUUUUAAGUGGGAGAACUUGCACAAUUGGUGGCUGACUAAAUACUUUUUUUCCCCACUGUAAGCGUAAGCUUCACUGAUGCAUGGUUUUGGAUGUCUUCCCAGGGAUAUGGAGGGUGACCCUUGUCUCAACGGAAGCUGGCGGUCCCUACAAUGUGACUGCAGUCCUCCAGAACAACCACAGUAUCACUCUCACAGAUGUGCUGUUUGGGGAUGUCUGGCUGUGUGGGGGACAGAGCAACAUGGCUUUCACAACUUCUCAGGUGAGUACUUCAUGAUUCCAAAGAUUACCUCUGCGACUACUCUGCAAUGUUAAAAUAGGUCAGUCUGCAUAGUUUUAAUACCUUUACAUUUAAGUCAUUUAGCAGACGCUCUUAUCCAGACCGACUUAGAAUAUUGAGUGCAUACAUUUUCAUACUGGUCCCCCUUGGGAAUCAAACCCACAACCCUGGUGUUGCAAUCACCACGCUCUACCAACUAAGCUAUACCAUUAUUGUGUCUUGUUCUCAAGGUGUUCAAUGCAUCAGAAGAGUUAGGUCUGGCCUCCAAGUUCCCUCAGGUGCGUAUCUUUAUGGCUGCCUUGGAGCAGAGUUACACUGAGCUGACUGACUUGGCUGGAGUGGAGGUGCCCUGGUCCGUCCCCACAGCAGGUAUGGACAGGCUCCACACAGUCUCUAAUAUUGGCUAAAUUACAUGUGAAAUUUCAUGUAAAUGGUAGCUGUCAGCCAAUUGACUGUGAAAUAGUAUCAAUACAUUUUGAUGAUGGGUAUUCAUCUUAACCCUCCUGAACCCUGAACAGAGUUGCUGGGUGGUGGGGAUUUCAAGCACUACUCUGCAGUGUGCUGGAUGUUUGGGCGCCACUUGUACAAGACGCUGAAGUACCCCAUCGGCCUAGUGACGUCCUGCUGGGGAGGCACACCUGUAGAGGCAUGGUCCUCCCCACGAGCACUCCAACACUGUGACCUGGACAGGAUUAAGGGGUAAGUGUACAGGGACCCUAGAGCUUUACUCUUGCAAUAGAGAUGUUUGUUAUGAAUGCUACUUUACAUCUGCAAAUAUUGAACUUUUCUUAUGGAUUGUAGAUAGACUAGUGAAUAUUUAUGUCUUGUGGCUUUAAAACUAAGUUAACAUGUGAGCAUUGUUACAGAAAUAUACAGGUAGCAUGCACCUUAAAAUAUCCUCUCAGCUAUGGUACUUGAUAUCAGUUGGCCUAUGUCCUGUUCUUUUCACCCAGGUUCCCCAUGCCACAUACACCUCCAAUGUAUUUGUCUAAGAGGACUAACUCUGUGUUGUGGAAUGCCAUGAUCCAUCCACUUCUCAACAUGACCAUCAAAGGAGCUAUCUGGUACCAAGGUAAAACAGCUUGGAGUCACAUUUGUUUUCUCCCAUCUUUGAGCAUACAGUAACAGCAUAGAAACUGAAGACAGUAUUAACAACAUGUCUGACCUCUGACCUGGCCCCUGUGAUAGGCGAGGCAAAUGCAGAGUACAAUCAGAAGAAAUACUCCUGUUCCUUUCCCUCCAUGAUUGAUGACUGGAGGAUGGCUUUCCACCAGAGUUCAGCGGGGCAGACGGCACCAGAUUUCCCCUUUGGAUUUGUACAGGUACUGACUAAAUGUUAUGGUUAAAGUUUGACACCAGACUGAGCCGAGGGCACACUGUUAACAUAUCUGUGAUUCUGUAUCAGCUGAUGUUGUGACGUCCUACAAGCCUCUAGGCUGGUGUUUACAGAACAUUCAGUGCUGUGUGAUAAGGUCCUUCUUGCAGAAGGCCCGUUAGACAUUUUCUUUGCUUCUGCUCUGGAGGUGUUCUCCCUGAAUUCUUGAAAUAAACCAGAUUGAUUUUGUUCACCAAAUGAAAUCGUGACAACACCUAAUCCCCUGUGAAUGUAUCUCGCAUAUUAGCAAUCACUACAUUGCUUUGACAAUGUAUCACACCAGGAUGUGUUACCAACUGCUGCUAACGCUGUUACAUUGACCCUGUCUAUAUAUUUGUCCUCAGCUCUCUACGUAUAGAAAGGCCUCCUUAAGUGAGGGAUUUCCAAACAUACGCUGGCACCAGACUGGAGACUAUGGCUUUGCUCCCAACCUGCGUAUGAGGAACACAUUCAUGGCCGUUGCUAUGGACUUAGGAGAUACAAUGUCUCCUUAUGGCAGGUAAGUAACAGUCAUAGAAUGGAUACCACAGUAUUCGAUAGGCAUGUACUCUUCUAAAGUGUUACGUAGUUCACAUAUGAAUACUGUGAGAACACAAGGCUACUUUCCAAUAUUGAUACAAGCAUACCACUUAGUAUGCUUCCUUCUAAGUAGUAUGCUAAUUAGGACAGGGGCGAUACCAGUAUUGCAAUAUAUUUUUCCAUGACCAAAAUGAAAACACGAAGCAGACAACUCUUUGUUCCUUUAAUAACCUGCUGUAUGUAAAAUAUUGUGUGCUAUAGCUUGGAAAAUAAAUGAUGACAACAUAAUGUUUUCCGAAAGAAGCUCAACCUGUUUUGUGUUUUGUUUCCCUGCCACGAUACUAACGAGUAUUGCGAUCCUGGUAUCGUUCCGGCCCUAAGCUAGUGUUGUAUUAGAAUGUGGAACAAGAGGUUUACCAGUGACUUUAUGUUCCAGUAUCCAUCCCCGGGACAAGCAGGACGUGGCCUACAGACUGUCUCUAGGGGCGAGAGCUGUGGCUUAUGGGGAGGAGGGCGUCUCAUUCCAGGGGCCUUUCCCUAACCGGAUCCUGGUCUCAGACCAGUAUCUCAACAUUAUUUAUGCUCAGAGAAUCUCAGUCACUCAAUCCAAAGAUAUCUUUCAGGUAAGUCUGAUUGCUGUACUUGUAAUGUGUACUAAGGUAUGGUGUAGUGUUUCUACUGACCAUAAACAGUAUUACAUUUUAGUAAUUUAGCAGACGCUCUUAUCCAGAGCGACUUACUGUUAGUGAGCGCAUACAUUUUCAUACUGGCCCCCCGUGGGAAUCAAACCCACAACCCUGGCGUUGCAAACGCCAUGCUCUACCAACUGAGCUACAUGGGGCUUGAUCCAGUAUGGGCUGGAUCUGAAUUAUUUAUUUGUUAUUGUCAGCAGCUCUGCAUGUUGUCAUGCAGGCUUUUCCACAUUGCUAAAAGAAAAGUGUCAGGGGAAACCAUUUCUUAAACAGACUUUUUCUUCCUCAGAUUUGCUGCUCAGGGGUGAGGGCACCCUGUAACGCUCUGUCACUGUGGAUCCCAGCUCCCAUACUGCAGUGGAGUGUUAGCGCCGUCCAAGUGUCCACCGCUAACUGUUUCAUGAACGAUGUAGCCGGAUUGCGCUACGCAUGGAGGGACUGGCCUUGUGACUUUAAGGCAUGUCCUAUUAACAGUGCUGAUGGGGUUCUACCUGCACCUCCCUUCACUCUCAAUCGCUGGCUGGCAAGGAGUGAAACUAGCACGCCCCUCCCCUCUCCUAGGCAGGAGGGGGUGUGGAAUAUGGCCAAUAUACCACACCUGUUCUAAAGCGAGACGUAACACUUAGUGCCUGGACAGCCCUUAGCUGUGGUAUAUUGGCCAUAUACCACAAACCCCCAAGGUGCCUUAUUGCUAUUAAACUGGUUAUCAACGUAAUUAGAACAGUAACAAGUAAUGUUUUGUCAUACUCGAACCACCCAGUUUAUAGUACUAACUACACAGUGGUACGUACAGGAACAGGAAAGGAGAACCUUGUAAGAUAAUUUGGACAGUGUUUAUACAGAGCAAAUGUGAGGCAUAAGUAUGAGUUGAGACACAGACCUCCCCUAGACUGUACACAGUUAGACCUCCAAGUACUAUGGGGAAGACAGGACGUCCUGAGGAGUCCAGAGUGAUGGGCUGAACCAGCUUACGAGACCCCCCUUCAGCAAGCUUCCGCUUUUUCGACAUUCAUUUUUGACCUGAGGAAAAUUUAUUUUAUGGAGUCAUAAAGAAAAUACUGGAAGACCAAAAACAUUGUGCUACCCGUCAUCACAAGACAUAAGAAUCUGUCUAAUCUACAGGUAGGCUGGUAUAAACAUGGCUCUACCCACCGUCCUCUUUUCCAUUCUCCCUGCCUCGUUCCUUUCGUUCCUUCUUGGGCUUCUUAGGAAGGCCCUCCUCUGCCCCAGAGGUCCCAGGGGCCAGGAUAUGACCCCCAGGCAGGACUGGCGCCCCCAUUGGGCCGGAGCUGAAUGUCACAGGGGUGUGAGAGCUGGUACUAGCAGUGGUGAGCAGCUCCCCCUCUGACACAGACUGGUACUGUAACAGUGAUUUCAGUAAGAACCUGGAAAACAAAGCACAAGAGAUUAGACAACAAACAGUUUUCAAAGUACCUGUCAAUCAGUGUCCGAAGGUUUUUUUUUUAUUGCAUAAAUCUAACACAGUUAAAGGGAAGGUAUUGGGUCGCACACAUAGCCAUACGUGUACUCACCUGCGCUCCUCUUUUGCUCGCACAAACUUCUCCUCUAAGUGGGCAACUUCAUCACAGAGAGCCGCAUUCUCCUGUGGGUUAUAUACCAUGUGACUUCAGCCCUCAGCUUAUAAUACCCUAGUCUACUACACAUCUCCAACAUUUCUCUUCCAUACAUCUAAGUGUAAUGGGAGAAGCAUGUUGCAUCUGAAAACAUUGUGUUAAAGAAAUAACUUGAAUAAUACUGAUUCAAGUGAUUGUCUUUAGUAUGUAGACUACUCACAGAUAUCAAGGCCCAUGCUGCUUUGCGUAGUCUGAGGUACUUUAGUCUGUACUUUUCGUUCUGGUUCUUGCGUGGGCCUUUCUUGGUCUUGGGCCUGGUCUCAGAGAGACCCGAGGGGAAGGGAGGCAGAGAGGCUGCAGAGUCCGAGCUGGAGAAGAUUGAC